GAUAUCCGUCCCUCCAGUUCCAGGACAAGGAGAGGAGAUGUCUACUGAUUCUGUCAAGCAGAAGGCAGAUCAGUUAGAUCUAGUUCCUGUUCUUACUAUGUGUGGGGUGGUCACUCCAACCUCUAGCUGUCCACCUGAUGAGAAGGUUAGAAGAUAUGAACUGGCCAACCACAAAGUAUCAGUGAACAUAUUCUAUAAUGGAAAGCAUGUGUCUACCUCCGAGCCAUCCAUGUUCGACAACAGUGACUUCAGAGUUCAAAUUCAACAGAUGUUCAACAUGCAGAUUGUACACAGCCCAGAGAACAUUAUGCUUGAGAUUUGUGAGACAGUGAAACAAAAGAGCACUGUUGUGGCCAAAAUGUAUGUGCCCAUACCAGACAGGAACAUGCUCUCUAGCAACGCUACAAUGGAGAGGUCAGAGUUCAGCAGUGACAGAGCCAUCAAGGCCUACUACGCUGGUGUUGGGAGCAAUGUCCCAUUCAAACUAGAGAAGGAGGAUGCCGAGGAGUGCCUCAUGACCUCUGGGAGGCUGCUGUAUGUUGUCUCCUGGGCUGUGGAUGAGAGUGGCUUUCCCAUGGCGCCCACUGCCCCACCACACAGACCCAGCUCAACCAGACCAAUGGCCGGCGGUCCCAAUGCAAGUAGGCUUGAAUGGAUCAGGGACCUUCAGUUUGACCCCAACCACCCUUCUAACGCAGAACUCACAGAACUCCUUAGGGAGGCCUGUGAGCAGAGAGACCGAGCCACGGGUCACUUCCGCCUGCAUGCCCUGGAGGAGGAGUUUGACUUCACCACUGAGGAACAGCUGGAGAAGUCCAGUCGCUUUGGUCUCCUGCAGCUGCGGAGCUCUCAUGCUGUGGACGUCAGCCCCUCCAAACCCAUCCCUCUCCACGACAGAGACAUUACUGAAGCAAUGUUCGCUGAUUAUGGUGCAUUCCCAAAUCUGUCCCUUAUGGAUGAAGACCCUAUCACAAUGCAGAGAGCACGCUCUAUCCACUACAUCCAAAAGGCGCUGAAUUUGGCAAGAGAAAAACUGUUGAACAUCAAGAGGAAGUACAAGUUCUCUGAUAUAGUCACUGAGUACCACGAGGCAGAUACAGUGAUGGAGUUCAACUGGGACGUGUUCAGACUUAAGCGACCUCUCCAGCCUCAGCGCGUGAAGAGGAAGAUCAUUCCUACCUGCUCCCUCUCAGACGGGGACCUGAGGAUCCAUGUUGCCAUCAACAAUGCCCAGGGCCUGCCUGUUCGCCAGGAGGCUUUCCUCAAGGAGAUCCAGACAAGAGGCUCCUGCUGUGGUCUGUCGAGCAGCAGCAGACACAACAUGAAAAGCAGCUCAGAAAAGGCUGUCCUACAGCCUCAGGUUCAGCCCUUCGUGGAGGUUAGGUUUCAGGAGACAACAUAUGAGAGCAGCGUAGAGCAGGGACCCAACCCAUGUUGGAGGGAAGAGUUCACCCUGGAGUUUAAAUCCUUAGGGGGUGAUUAUAGCCAUGCGGGCCUUUCCAAAGUACAAGACGACAUUGUCAUCAAUGUGUUUGAUGAGAUGUCCUUUCAAGUCAUUGAGAGCAGUUCUCUGAGAGGCUGUGGAAGCCAGGUGUUCUCUGGCAGACAGUGGCUGGGCUCGGUCACCUUACCCUUCAGAUCUCUGCUGCAGCAAUCCAAGGUGUAUGAGAAACUGACCAUCUGUACCCCACCGACCCUACUGGGCUACAUGUGGACAGGGGAAGACAUGGUCAAUGACCAAGGCGUAGAGAUACCCGCGAGAAGAGAUACCAGUUUCAUGAAUGUCUUCAUCACUUUGGAUCCAGCCAUCUCUCUGAGUGAUGACCAGACAGCAAAGUAUGGUGACCAGAAGCCCCUUUGGCUGUUUUCCACAGACGAGGAUGAGGACUUGCUGAACUUGACCUAUGAGUAUGAGAAGCAGUGUAAGGUGGCGGCAGGCCGGGUGAAGAAGCGAGUCAUAACCACAGUGAUAAAUAGUGAGGGGAGGCUUGUCCUGGCACACCGGUUCUUCAAGCCACUUCCUCCUCCACAGGAAGUUGUACUGGACACUCCCGACAAUAGCAUGUCUGUUCUCGAGAGGGUGGCAGCUUUUGUGUCCCUGAUUCCCACCUUGUCCUUCCCAUCGGACGUUGGUGACAGUGGGGACAUGUGGCUCACCUCAGAGCAAUGCUUGGAGCUGGCUAUGGGAAACCAUAUCAGUUUGGCAGUUCUGCUGUGCAACUUCUUUCAUGACCUGACGGUAAAUGGGUGGCUUCUCCUGGGAACAUCUGUCGUAGAGGGAGAGACCGCCUAUGUCCUUACUCAAGAGAACACUUGGUUUGUGUUGUGGAACCCCAGAGAUGGGAAGCACUACCAGUCAUACGACUCCUUCUGUCCUCUAAAGACUGUCGACUGUCUGGUCAAUGGUGAAAAUGUGUGGUUCCAUCUCCAACCAACAAGAAAGAUGCCCAUCACUUUUGACGUAUCAAAUAACGCCACAUGGAAACCCUUACUCCCCAAAGGAUUCAACUCGGACUCAUCCUCAACGCCAACAGAAAUUAAAUACCGUCCCCCUCAAAUAGAGCUGGCCAAUCACCUUCAAAGAAGGCUGGAGAUGAAACUGAAAAGUUGUGUGAUGGACUGGAGAAGCCCCCACCCGACACGCUGGAGCCCCCGCUGUGCAGCCAUGCUCUCGGAGGUCAUGCAGAAGCUUGAGAGGAACCCAGCCUCUGACACAAUAGCGCUAGAGAUAGACAGGCUGCUGGACGCCAUGAAGGAUUACAAGGUGACUGGUUUCCCCAUUCAUAUGGCCUACCAAGACAUGAGCACAGUGAUCGAGGCGGUCUACAACACAAGAAUCCACAGCACUGAGAUCCCUGGGACAGAGUUUGCUCUCUCCACCUACAUCCACCCAUACCCCAACCACAUCCUGUCGGUGUGGAUAUUCCUGGCAACGCUGGUCAAACACCAGCAUGGCGUGUUCUAUGUUCCUUCAGUACACAAGCACUGAGACAUCCUGGUUGUGUUCAUUAGGCACCAAAUGGAAGGAAACUGACAAAACGGGGGAGGGACUACCUAAAACCCUUUUUAUGUUAUACUUUUUUUUGCAUGCCCGUAUGAAAAAAAUCUCUGCCUUUCAGGGUCAGCUUUUCCUAGUCGUUUUUUUACUGUGGGGAAAGGAAUGCAGAGCGAUUCAGGCCAAGUGAUUGAAUCCACAAACCUGUACAUAACAAAUUAAUGGAAAUACUGCACAAUAAAAUUGUCCAUAAAUAUGGCAGCAACAUGAA